AAGGAAUAAGGCGGAUACCAGGUCGCCACCCUUCUCCUCCUCCUCUUCUGCUUCUUCUUCUUCUGUCUCUCAUGCAGUUUUGAAGAAGACGUCCCUCCCUCCCUCUCUCUCUCUGCACCUGUUCUGCUUCGUCUUCUCGCAGGAGUUAGUUUAGUUGAGCCGCUUGAGAGCGAGCGGACGUCGCCUUUCAUUGUUAGACAGACGACGGUGUCGGUUCAGAGCAUGACUUCGGCGUUCAACCUAGAUUACCACCCACUGACGGAAAGUCGGUUAAUGACUUCGGGCGAGACACUCAAUGGCAGCAAGAUGAACGGGUCACUGGAGCAUUUGGACCAGCCGGACCCUGAUGCCAUCAAAAUGUUUGUUGGGCAGAUUCCACGCUCCUGGUCAGAAACUGAACUUAAAGAGCUUUUUGAGCCCUAUGGAGCGGUGCACCAGAUCAACAUCCUCCGUGAUCGCACUCAGAAUCCCCCUCAAAGCAAAGGAUGCUGUUUUGUAACUUUUUAUACAAGAAAAGCUGCACUGGAGGCCCAAAAUGCACUGCACAACAUAAAGACUUUAAGUGGGAUGCAUCAUCCUAUACAGAUGAAACCCGCUGACAGCGAGAAAACAAGUGCGGUAGAAGAUAGAAAACUGUUUAUCGGAAUGGUUUCAAAGAAAUAUGGCGAGAACGAGAUCAGAAUGAUGUUCUCGUCAUUUGGACAGAUCGAAGAGUGCAGAAUUCUCCGGGGACCAGACGGUCAAAGCCGAGGCUGUGCGUUUGUCACAUUUGCUACCAGGGCAAUGGCACAGAAUGCAAUCAAAACCAUGCAUCACUCUCAGACUAUGGAGGGCUGCUCUUCACCUCUGGUGGCGAAGUUUGCCGACACACAGAGGGAUAAGGAGCAGCGGCGCCUGCAGCAGCAGCUAGUACAGCAGAUUCAGCAGCUCAACAGCGCCUCCACCUGGGGGAAUUUGGCUGGCCUGGGGGGCCUCACACCACAGUACCUGGCAUUGCUCCAACAAGCUUCAUCUGCCAGUAACCAAGGCAGUUUCAAUGGUAUUCAGAGACUUGGAGCAGGUGUGAAUCCACUUCAACUGCAAAACUUGGCUACAUUGGCUGCGGCUGCAGCUGCAGCCCAGAAUUCUGGCAGCCCGAGUGCCGCCAGUCUCUCUACAAACGCUGGAGCUCUGGGAGCUCUGACCAAUCCAGCUUGUUCAACAGCAGGCUCCAGUGCCAUGAACACCUUGGCGUCGCUGAGCACCCUGCAGGGUCUCUCUGGGACUUCUGUAGGUCUCAACAGCCUCAACGCUCUCACCAGCAGCGUCACUGGUAUGGGGGCCUUGAAUGGAGGCCUGGGAGCCUCCAUGGCCAACGGUUCAGCAGCCAGCUCCAUGGACGCUCUGACCCAGGCUUACUCAGGGAUGCAGCAGUACACAGCCUCCGCCCUGCCCUCCCUCUACAGCCAGUCUGUCCUGCAGCAGCAGCUCGCUGGCAGUCAGAAGGAAGUAGGUCCAGAGGGCGCCAACCUAUUCAUUUAUCACCUGCCCCAGGAGUUUGGGGAUCAGGAUCUCCUGCAGAUGUUCAUGCCUUUCGGAAACAUGGUCUCUGCCAAAGUCUUCAUUGACAAACAGACCAAUCUGAGCAAGUGCUUUGGGUUCGUCAGCUAUGACAAUCCUGUGUCCGCGCAGGCUGCCAUUCAGGCCAUGAAUGGUUUCCAGAUCGGAAUGAAGAGGCUGAAGGUUCAGCUGAAACGCUCCAAAAACGACAGCAAACCCUACUGAUCCUAGCCCCGGGGCCUUCCCCCCUCCCCAGCUAUAAUGCUAGCACUGCUAGG